AACAGAGCAAAUGGUGAAGUGUUGAAGCCCUUUUCAAAGUCCCAUUAUCACUUACAUCACAUACACUAAAUUGUCUGUCGAUGUAACUGUUGUGCAAACUGCGCAUGAGUAGUUUGUCCCUUGUCAUUUCCCGUCGUUGUUUUGCGAACGCGUAGAGUAUGUUGGUGGACGUGCAAGUUGACAGGUUAAAGUGAAAAGCAGACGUAUACGAACCACAAUGUCCAGCAGUGUGCUGUGUGGUCGAGGCAGGUUGGUCUUAUCUCAGACAGCUGGCCAUCGAGCAUUAGCUGCUCUCAGUGUCAGUAGAACCAGAACCUUCUCUACUGCGAGCUCAGAUGAGCCUUACAUAGCUGUAUCACACACAGACUCAGGCCCCAGGACGGUGUGGCCCGAUGAGAACAUGGGACCAUUCGGACCUCAAGACCGGCGCUUUCAGUUACCGGGUAAUGUUGGGUUUGACUGCCACCUGGAGGGCAUGGUGGACCAAAAGAAGACUCCAGUCCAUAGGACUGUGCCUGAUGUGCUGACAGCCCCAAGCUGCACAGAGAGACAGCACUUCAUACUGGCCCAGUUUGUUAAUGAGUUCCAAGGAAAACUGGGUCCUAUGUCCACGAGAGUCCACAAAGCUGAGCAGUACUUUAAUCAGACAGGCACAGACUUCUCCAUCAAUUCCUGUCCUGAGCUGUUAAGGAAAGAUCUUGAGCUGUUGUUCCCCUCAGCGCCCACCACUUCCAUCACAGUUGUGACCGUCUCACAGAGAAGCAGUCGGUGUGAGGAGGCAGCGGAGCAGGACAGAGACAAGCUGCUUCACAGAUUUGUGAGCGGUGCAAAGGAAAUGUGCUUCGCUCUGUGGACUGCAGGCUACUGGGCAGACUUCAUUGACCCAACAACAGGAGCAGCUUUCUUUGCAUCUCCAUCAAGUCCAACUGCACUGCGAACAGAGGAGGAGCUGAGACAUUUGGGCUUUCACAUCGAAGCGUCAGGCUCCUGCACAGUUAUUCGCCACAUCCUGAGAGGAACGCCUUUGUUUGUGGGGACUGUUUUCACCAACGCACCUACUCACAGCACUGCUAUCGCAAGACUGCAAGGACUUUCAAAUGCACCGGAUGAUGAGGAAUAGACCUUUUUUAUUCCACAGAACUAAAUCCAAACACAAGGCCUCUAUUUAUUGUUUGAAUAAGCUUGGAACUUGACAUACGGUAGUGUUGGUACAUGGUUGUAUCUGUGAAAGGUUGUCUUACUCUAACAAGGACUUGACCGAGACUCUAAUGUAGACCUCGAUGCUGACAAGAGGUCACAUGUCAACCCGGCUUAUCCUGCACUACAUCCAGGGAGAAACACACACUCUUUUCUGACUACAUUACUAAUAAAAGACUUUUCGAAAUGUAA